AUGUCCGAUUUCCAGCCAGUUGUUGUCAUUGACGGUAAGGGUCACUUGUUGGGUCGUUUGGCCUCGAUCAUCGCCAAGCAGUUGUUGAACGGCCAGAAGAUUGUUGUUGUCAGAUGUGAGGCUCUCAACAUCUCUGGUGAGUUCUUCAGAAACAAGUUGAAGUUCCACGACUACUUGAGAAAGGCCACCAGAUACAACAAGACCAAGGGUCCAUUCCACUUCAGAGCCCCAUCCAGAGUUUUGUACAAGGCCAUCAGAGGUAUGAUUCCUCACAAGACCGCCAGAGGUAAGGCUGCUUUGGAGAGAUUGAAGGUCUUCGAAGGUAUUCCACCACCAUACGACAAGAAGAAGAGAGUUGUUGUGCCACAGGCUUUGAGAGUCCUCAGAUUGAAGCAGGGCAGAAAGUACACCACUGUCGGUAAGUUGUCUUCUUCUGUCGGCUGGAAGUACGAGUCUGUUGUUGACAAGUUGGAGGAGAAGAGAAAGGUCAGAUCUGCUGAGUACCACGCCAGAAAGGUUGCUGCUUCCAAGAAGUUGGCCUCUGCUCAGGCCCAGGCUUCUGAGACUGAGGUUGCUAAGAAGUUGGCUUCUUUCGGCUACUAA